AGUACAUAUGUCUCAUUUAAUCAGACUUGUUCCCUUAAGUAUUUAUAAAUAUGGCAUCUUAUGUUUGAUGAGAGAUAUAGAAAGGAUGCAUAUUAUUUAUAUUUAUCGCAACGAUUAAUUUAUUAAAUUAAAUAUGAAUCUUUUUCAGUAUUUAUAAAUUUAAAUAUUUAUAUAAAAUAUAAUGAUUACAAAUUAAGUUAUAAAAACAUUAUUAGAAUUUUAAUACUUGAUCUGGCGUUUCUAACCUAACCUUAAAGUAUAGUUUUUGUUAUUUUAUUAUUAUGCAAUUGUAGAUGAAAAAAUGCCUUUAUUUUCAAAUAAAUUUUCUCCGAAAAAAACGCCGACGAGAAAAGCAUCUACAUUUUUAAUAAAUAAAGAUUUGAGCCCUAAUAGAAUAGAAAAGGAAUUAGGUCCAGACGUUGGACCUAUUCGUUUACGACUAGGAGACCAAGAAGCAGUUUUUGAAAAUGGUGUAUGGAUACCAGAAUCUGGAAAAGUAAGUGGUACGUUUAAAGAAAAUGAAAGACUGAAAAAAGAAAUUAAAAGACUCGAAGAAGAAAACAAUUUGUUAAAAUUAAAGUUUGAAAUAAUGUUAGAUAUGCUUACACAAACUACAACGGAAGCUCAAUCACAAAAAGAUGAAUUGGAAAAAUUAAGAAAUAAUAUAUCAUCUAAUAGAUGAUUAAAAUGACGU